GUUUUGUGGCUAUAUUUUUGAAACAGUGUAUUAAUUAAUUACUAUCACAUUCCAGUGAAGGAAAAGGUGAUUAUAGAUUUUUCAGGAUGAGUGUUCUUGAUGACGAUGAUUUUAGUGACUUUGAUGAAGAUAAAGAUGAUCCUGACUUGAUGCCACUGCCGACCGAGUCACUUGCUCGUCUCACUGCCCGGGCUAGUGUUGGCGUGUCAUCUGUGUGUGCUGUUACAAUGGCCCAAACUGCUGCUGCUGCUAAUCAACACGUACUAAAGAUCACCCCUAUCAACACUGUGUCCAAUAGUGGCAGCAAUGGUCACAUUCCUGUCAGUUCUUCUGGUUAUUCAUUCCAUAAAUCUGCUGAAUUCAUCCCUGUCAAAGAAAAUGGGCUGUCUACAGUUAAUCUCAACAAUAACUCCUUAAAUUACUUGUCUCUUAAUUCUAAUUCUCUUAAUGGAGUUGGACAAAGAAAUGAUACAAUAAGAAGUAAUAUUCCAGCAACAACUAUACAUGCAAAUAAUGUUUUCAACUCAGUUGUGAUUAAUGGGAAUGUUGUUCAAUCAAGUUCAUCUCCAAUCAUUAGAGCGAAUACUAUGCCUAUUGUGAAUGGUGUCCAUAAGCCAACUAUUGGUACAGUCAUCAGAGCUAUAACUACCACUCCUAACAAUGGAGUCAUCAAGAACGGCGUCAGUAUUGUACGCCCUAGCAUUGCUCCUGUCAAGGGCCGCAAGGUUAUCCAACUUGUUGGCAAUGCUGCUACAGGUUUCCGAACAGUGACACCUGCGGCAACUCCACCUGGACCUUCACAGCUUAUUGCCCGGACUCCAAACCCUGUAAUUGUCAAGAAAAUUGUUACCAAUGCUGGACAAACUACUUUUGUUAGGCUACCAAGCACCAGCUCAAGCUUGCAGGCCGCCUCAUCUGUGACAAGUCAAACAACCACUCCCAAGUCUGUGCGAGUGAUGCUUGAUGCGCCUGCUGUGCUGCGCCAGCAAGUGUCACUACCAGCACCUGCCAUCUCUCAGAGUUCUGACCUCUUGAGUGCUGUGCUGUCGUCCACUGGGAUCCUUGACUUUGAGAGCUCAACAAAUGACACAAGCGCUGCUAGCACGAGUGUGGCAUCUACCUCGUCUGCGUUUGUGAUGCGGCCUCAGCUCACCAACGGCUUGUCCCGGAUCACUGCCAUGGGGUCCUCCAUGGUCCAGGGCAGCAGUAACGGCACCGUGUUGAAUGGUCGCACCACCAUCGUGCGGCGUAUCCCUGCUACAACCCUCACCCCUAGUGGCCCCUUCAAUAUUCGACACCCUGCUGCUGCCAACCCAGCCUCCUUGCAGUCGGCUGUUCAGCUGCAGAUGGACGACUUGGAAGAAGAUGACAACGCCAUGGGCAUCGCUGAAACGUACGCCAAGUACAGCCUCUCUAAACUGAAAAUCGGCCGGGCUCAUCCUGACCCAGUGGUAGAGUCUGCCUCAAUGGCGUCCGUGGAGCCUCCUGACAUCACUUACCGCAUCAAGAUGCCUGAAGAAACCGUCAUGAAGGGCAAGCUGUCUUGUCUGCAGCUCGAGACCAUCACUUACGUGGGCCAGAAACACGAGUGUUUUCUGCCUGAUGGCAGCCGAGCAGGUUUCCUCAUAGGGGAUGGUGCUGGUGUAGGCAAAGGCAGGACAAUUGCUGGUAUCAUCUACGACAAUUACAAGAGGAAACGCAAGAAGGCCAUCUGGGUGAGCUCCUGUAAUGACCUCAAGUACGAUGCAGAGCGCGAUCUUGCGGACAUAGGUGCCAACAAAAUUAAAGUGAGAUUUCUGAGUAAAACUAAGUAUGCAGCGAUCAACUCUCAAGAGAACAACAAUAUUACCAAAGGAGUUCUCUUUGCCACCUAUUCCGCACUCAUCGGGGAGUCGUCAUCCUUUGGCAAGUACAACACACGUCUGAAGCAAAUUCUAGACUGGUGCGGGCCUAAUUUUGAUGGCUGCAUCAUAUUUGACGAGUGCCACCGAGCAAAAAACUUGUGUCCUGUCGAGUCGGGCAAGCCAACUAAAACAGGCCUGACUGUCCUCAAGCUGCAGAACAAAUUACCGUUAGCCCGCAUCGUGUACGCAUCUGCCACUGGAGCAUCUGAGCCUAAGAACAUGGCUUAUAUGGUGCGCCUGGGGCUCUGGGGUGUAGGUACGCCGUUCAAGAAUUUUCCUGACUUUAUAUCUACAAUAGAGAAGCGCGGUGUCGGUGCCAUGGAACUCGUAGCCAUGGAUAUGAAGUUACGUGGCAUGUACAUUGCCAGACAACUGAGCUUCGCAGGCGUGAGCUUCAGAAUAGAAGAAGCUCCUCUCACGAGCGAGUUUAAGGCUCUGUACAAUGACUCUGUGCGUCUCUGGGUGCGCGCUAAACAGAGCUUCACUGAAGCAGCUGAUCUUCUCACCUCCGAAGCCAACGCCAUCAAGACCAUGUGGGGCCAGUUCUGGUCAGCGCAUCAACGCUUCUUCAAGUACAUGUGCAUAGCAUCCAAAGUUGAUGCCGCUGUCAAGCUCACAUGCGAGUCUCUCAAGCACGGCCGCUGUGUCGUUAUUGGCUUGCAGUCUACAGGCGAAGCUCGCACGCAAGAGCAGCUUGAGAAAGAAGACUUCGAACUCAAUGAGUUUGUGUCGUCGGCCAAAGGUGUCCUGGAGAUGCUGGUUGAGAAGCACUUCCCGGCCAGCAACGCGGAGCGGGUUGAGAAGAUCUUAGCUCUCGCUCGCAAGAAGACACAGACUGGCGUGAAAAGAAAGAGAGACGGCGGUGACGGCAAGAGGAGCAAGAAGCGAACUCGCACCGGCCUGGCUGCAGUUUUGGAUAAUGAGGACUCGCAAGGAUAUGACUCCGACGCUUCCAUUGAUGAUGCUGAACUGGACCUGCUGACGUCUCGUUUUGAGCGCAACACUGAGCCAUCAGAAGACAACUUCUUCAACGCGCUGCUCACCAAGUCUGCCUUGGCUGGUAGCCGCCCUGCUCGCGCGUCUCCCGCCCCUCCCACAGCCACUCCCACAGACACAUCCCCCAACUUCCAGGUUGCAAUAGACCGAGCCCGGGAGCUACGCAACAACUUACUGCGUCAAAUUAAAGGCCUCGGCAAGCGCCUUCCUCCCAACACGCUAGACCAUCUCGUGGACCAGCUGGGAGGGCCGGAGUACGUGGCCGAGAUGACGGGCAGGAAGAAGAGGCUCGUCCAAUCUGAGUCUGGCAAUAUUCUGUGCGAGGCUCGUGCUGAGGGCGAGGUUAACGACCUGCUCAACUUCAAAGAAAAAGAACGUUUCCUUAACGACGAGAAGAAAGUUGCUAUCAUCUCGGAGGCCGCAAGCUCGGGCAUCUCAUUGCACAGCGACGUCCGCGUCCGCAACCAGCGGCGCCGCGUGCACAUAACCCUCGAGCUGCCCUGGUCCGCCGACCGCGCCAUUCAGCAGUUCGGCCGAACUCAUCGAAGUAACCAGGUGAACGCGCCCGAGUAUGUCUUCCUCAUUUCGGAACUGGCAGGAGAGAGGAGGUUUGCCUCCAUUGUUGCCAAGAGACUCGAAAGCAUGGGCGCCUUGACCCACGGCGACAGACGGACGGCUGACACCAGGGAUCUCUCAAGCUUCAAUGUUGAUAAUUCUUACGGCCGUGAUGCUCUGGAGCGAACACUGAGCGCCGUCAUGCAUUCCGACCCCCGCAUCGCACCUCCCAACUUCCCUGGAGACUUCUUCGCUGAUGUCAAGGAAUCUUUGGUUGGCUGCGGCCUUUGCACUAAGGAUUCUCGAGGAAACUACUGUCUUGAUAAAGAUGCUACAAAUGUUUCCAAGUUCCUGAACAGAAUAUUAGGCGUUCCCGUGGACAUUCAAAACGCGCUGUUCCACUGCUUCACCAACACACUCACCGCCAUAACAACCCAGGCCAAGAAGGCCGGCAAAUACGAUACGGGUAUUUUAGAUCUCUGUGUCGGUUCUGACUCGUGCAAGGUGAUCAAAGUUGAGAAAUGGUCGUGUCAGCACUCGACUGGCGUAGGCAGUAUAUCUCUGCAUCAGUUGCAAGUAGAAAGAGGCAUGAACUGGGUUCAAGCUAGAAACAAAGCAGAUGAAUUAUUCCAGCACGAAGAAGGAUUUUACCUCAGCAAGAAAGUGGUGAAGGCGCGCAAAGCCGUACUUCUUGCUGUGCUUGACCCUGCCAUUUCUAACACAAAGCGACCUAAGUCUGAACAACUGUACAGUAUCUACAAGCCCAACCUGGGCAUACUCUCGAAACAGAAGCGUUACUCUGACCUUCUGUUAAAGUUCGAAGUAACGUCACCUGAGAUGGCGCGGCGGUUCUGGGAGGAACAGUACACGACUCUGGCGACGACAUGCUCGCACGUCUUCUGGACUGGCUCGUGUACGAAGGCUGCACGCGGACUCAAGUGUGACUACGGUCAGCGCACACGCACCUACCACGUUCUUUGUGGUUCAGUUCUCAGCGUGUGGAGUGAAAUUGAAAAUCUACUUAUCAAUGAUCCUCUGAACUCGCAACUUCACAGACUUCAAGUCGUGCGCUUCCAGACCUCAGAUAAGCUGAAAUACGUCGGCACUUUGAUCCCGAACAACAUGGCAAAGAAAGUCUACGAUUUUCUGCACGCCAAGUACUCAUCUGACGAGAAAACCAAGAAGAGUUCUUUGCCAAAUUUCUUCGAGAACGUUCCGGUAGAGGAUGAUGACGAUGACAUCAUCAUGUUAUCGUGACCUUGCAUUGAAGCCUAGUCUCUGUUAGUGUCUUGACUUGAAGAGGGAAUUGUUCCCUGUCCACUUGUGAUAUUUAAUUUAUAGUUAUCAGUAAAGUUCGUUAUUUGUUGUGAAGAGUUUACAACCUUCAACUAGACUCGCAGUUUAGUGGAUUAAUUUAUUGUGAGGAAUCUACCUAUUUUUGAGACAAGGGUGUAUGUUUCACGUUUAUUUCUACUUUUUCUGUCAUUCUCAUAUUUUGAUGACGUACGCGUGAUAUUUAUUUAGAAUAUUCUCAUUGUUUUUGUGAUCGCAGUAAAGGCAUCGACCAACCUAACUAUAAUUUUGAUACAUGUAUGGUCUUGGAUGAAUGCUACUAUUGGAAAACAGUUGCUCUUUUGCUGUCAGCAGAUUUUUGUCGCUGUUUGAAAACAAUAACUUUACGUCUGGCCAAAGUAGCAUUCAACGUGAAUUUUGGGUAUAUGUCUUGAAUUUCCUUUGAAGAGGAAGUUCAGUGGUUAACUUUCUAUUUCUUCGUAUUGGACCAGGAAGAAAUAUGAUUCAAACUUUUCAUACUGAAGCCAUUUGUAAAACUAAGUUUUGCUAUUUAAUUGACUCAAGUUUUGUCAAUGUCCAUAUCUUAAAAUUUCUAAAGGAUUACAUUAGAAAAAUUGCGUUUCGUUUGUUACAAGUUCCGUGUGUUUGAGUCAUUUUUAACUGACUCACUACAGUACAAGUUAUGUGUUACAAAUAUAUAUUUACUUCGUAAUUUUUCGCAUUAUACUUCAAAACUCAUUGUUCUCGCAAGGUAAUGUCUAGUUUUGUCUGCGGUUUUUACUGAUAUAUACACAUAGCUGUCAGUUGAGGACGUUGAUAAAUGUCUGGUCUAUUGUCUUCAUGAUCUUACCGAAUUAGUUUUCUUUUUCCAUUUUAUACUUGGAUACCAUCAAAGAUGGUGACGCGAUUCAAAUGCGAGUGGGUUUCAUUCCUAACAGUUUUAAGUAAUUUAAUUAUGUUCCUUUUUUAUAAAUGUGUACCCUUCGCUUUGUUAUUUCUUCUGCGUCUUGGAUAUCCAGGAUAAGUUGUUCGAAAUGUUCACGUAAUAAUCUUCCCUGGGUGAUGUACGUAGUGUUACUACCAAGCAUAACGCUUGAGAACGCCGCGUGUGCGUCAUCAGGGCUCUGUGGAUCUCGAUAUUAUGUCCUUUUUUUAACCUUUUUGGUUUGAUGCUUUUGUACCUUUCAAAAGCUUUACUUUUUUUGUACCUUUUUUUUGCUUGUACCUUUCAAGUGCCUGACAACGAUUUUUCUCUCGAUGGUCGUUCCUGCAUUAGUCAUAUUAUGUUAUUUUCUCAUUAUAAUUUACUGAGGCUUAAAAUAAAUGGACUUUUUUUCGAACAUUUAUGUACUGUUGGGUGGGAAUUCUUAUGCAAAAAAUUGUAAAGCAGGCAUGUAGAUUAUUACUCUUUGGCGACGUUUAUGUUGCACUGAUGUUUGAAGUAUAACGAACUGAAAUUAUUGGCAUGAAGUUAAAAGAGCGGUCACAAAUCGCUUGGGUCAGAUGUUACUCAGGUUAUUUAUGAAAUUUUUGUUGAUGGCUUCCAUGUGAGCAGACGUUGUAUUGAAACUAUCAGUUCCUCGUGAGAUUUGAAAAGCAUUUUUCAGCCCUUGUGAACAAAUUUACAUUUUUUAUGGUUGGACAUUUUUCUUCUAUUGCCAACCAAUAAUCAAAUUUUGAUGUUUUUCAAGAAUUUUUUCACGAGAGUAAUAGUUGAAAGCUUUAUGUUAAGGCUUCUCGUGACACCUGUACUUUUGAACGCCUGCUUACCAAAAUUACAGACCUUGAAGUGCCUGCAACUAUCCUCGCUUCUCGAACGUAGAUUUCUUAGCGUUAACUGCGCUCCCAAUAUUUUGAAGGCUGAAAGUCCCUCUCCGGGAUGAUCCAUUUGGGUUCUCUUGCUAUUGGUAAAAAUUUUUCGAAUGGACUUGAUGGGCGACUCGGUGCUAGAUUUACUUUUCUCGCACCGCCCAUUGGUCUUCCAGAAAGGGCGCUGAUUUGGCUCGACUAGCUUCAUGAUAUUUUACUGAUGGAAUACGUGAAUCCUGACGAUGCAUUCUAUACUGGCUGGCAGUCUCUACUAACAUCGAGUCACAUACGACGAUAUGCUAUUAAUUUUCUGUCUUUUAUCAAACGAACCACUCAUAUGACCGCUGUUGAAGGUCGAAAAAUAUCUUCAGUAUUGGCUGCAGGAAUCCCAAAUGGAUUGCAUCUGAACCCCAUCGGUCGUAUCAGAGUUACCAGUUUAACGACCGUCAACAAAUUAAGAGCAUAUCGUCGUGUCUGACUGGAUCUGUAUCGACUGUCAUACAAUCUAAAGCUCUAACCUGGCCGGCCUCAAAUUUGAUUCGAAUCCGAUCUAAUUGAACUCUUUCAAUGGAUUGCUGUUCUCAGCUUAUGCGUCGUGUAUAGAGCCAGUUCAUUUGUUGAUCAACCGCUACUACGCUGUAUCAAAUUUUCGUUUCGUCCCUAUUACAGUAGGCUGGUUAUGUCGCAUUUGUUGUUAGUUUAACAAAACGGUAAACGUGUAAGUGAUGAUCUCUAUGAAAAUAUCUAAUACAAGUUUACUGUAAAUUAA